CAGCUCGUGCCUCCUCCAUCCCAACCCUCUCCGCCAACGCCGUCUCUCCAAUCUCUGCCCUCUCCCUCCCUGUUCGCUUUUCUUAAAGCUCAUUUCCGUGACGAUCCGAAGCUUUUCACCGACACGAUGAGAGACGCGAGCAGUGCAGCAGUGGGACAAAUCGAACCGAGCCGCUUCAAACGGAACUGAGCUCCAGAACUGAACGAACCGGCAUCACAAAAUAGAACCAAAAAAAAGGAGAUUUCAUUCAAAUCACGUCUUCAUCUUCUCUCUUCUUGGUCUUAGAGAGAGAGCGAGAGAGAUAGAGGAAAAGCACAGGAAAUCUUUAAACUCGCCGUUGUCGGAUUCUCCGUUAAAAAAGCCACCCAUCAAAGGCAACCUGGGACCACCCGUCUCCAAACCCUGGAGAUGUAAAGUUGGACACCGCUGAAACCGAUGCUGUGAAGUGGCUCUCAGCCUUAACUUCAUCAGGACUCGGCGGAAGGAUGCUGUGGUUUACCCUGCUAAGCACAAUAGCUUUAGGAUGGACUACGCCGAUCCCUCUGUUGGACGAGUCGGAAGAAAUAGAUGAGCCUUGCUUUGACCCUUGCUACUGUGAAGUCAGGGAGGGUAUUUUCCACGUCCACUGCGACAGCAAAGGAUUUACAAAUGUCAGCCAGAUCUCCCAGACAUGGACGAGACCCUUUAUACUCAAUCUGCAAAGGAACUCCAUGCGCAAGCUGUAUUUUAACAGCUUUUUGCAUCUCAACAAUGCUGUGUCACUCAAUCUGGGGAAUAAUGCGCUGCAGGACAUACAUGUGGGCGCGUUCAAUGGCCUGAGCAUCUUGAAAAAGCUAUUUUUGCAUGAAAACAAACUGGAGGUGUUCAGGAAUGACACUUUUAUGGGGCUGGAGAGCCUUGAGUAUCUUCAGGCGGAUUACAACGUCAUCAAGAGAAUAGAGAGCGGGGCGUUUCGGAACCUGCACAAACUCAGAGUACUUAUUUUGAAUGACAAUUUGAUACCUGUGCUACCCAAUUUAUUAUUCAGGUCCGUAUCGCUCACGCACCUUGACUUACGUGGCAACCGCUUAAAAAUUCUACCCUAUAAAGGGACUUUGGAAUACAUCGGUCGGAGCUUGAUGGAGAUUCAGCUCGAGGAAAAUCCAUGGAACUGUGUGUGUGACAUUGUGCAGCUCAAAACCUGGCUGGAGCGCAUACCCUAUACAGCUUUGGUGGGUGACAUUACUUGUGAAUACCCAUUUCAUUUACAUGGUAAGGACCUUCGUGAGAUCAAGAGAAGUGAACUUUGUCCUUUACUCUCCGAAGCCGAGCUGGAGGCCAAACAUGGCAUUCCUAGAUUACCAUUUAAUAACGACAAUGUCUGGCCCACCAAGCCUUCGUCUAUGUUGUCAUCCUUUCAUAACACAGCCUCCUCAGUAGAGUACAGAGAGAGACACGUAAAGCCGACUAAACGGCCCAGACCCACAAAAACACCACCCACUCCUCGUAGCAUUUACCCAGGGUUGAAUCAGCCUCCAAUUGCUGCCUACCAGACCAGACCCCCUAUACCAAUCAUUUGCCCGACAGGGUGCACAUGCAAUUUACACAUCAAUGACUUGGGCCUCACCGUCAAUUGUAAAGAGAAAAGCUUCCACAACAUUUCUGAGCUUCUACCACGACCACUUAACGCCAAGAAACUCUAUUUAAGUGGGAAUUUGAUUCAGAAAAUUUACAGGUCCGACUUUUGGAACUUCUCUAGCUUGGAUUUAUUGCACUUGGGUAACAAUCGGAUAUCAUAUGUUCAAGAAGGCGCAUUUAUGAACCUACCUAAUUUAAAAAGCUUAUAUUUGAAUGGCAACGACAUUGAAAGGCUCACUCCAGGCAUGUUUCGUGGUCUGCAGGCACUUAGUUACCUGUAUUUUGAGUACAAUGUCAUUCGAGAGAUCCAACCGGCUGCCUUCAGCCUCAUGCCAAACCUGCAGUUGGUUUUUCUCAAUGACAACUUGCUGCGCACCCUGCCUGUGGAUGCUUUUGCCGGCACUUCCCUGGCUAGACUCAACCUGCGCAAUAACUACUUUCUGUACCUUCCUGUGAACGGAGUACUGGAGCAUCUCCACUCCAUUGUUCAAAUCGACCUUCACCAGAAUCCUUGGGACUGCUCUUGUGACAUCAUUCCACUCAAGCAAUGGAUUGAGAAGCUCAGCUCCGUCAUUGUCGUUGGAGAAGUGACCUGCAAGACCCCAGACUUCGCCCUUGGCAAGGAUCUGCGCACCCUGGAGGCUGAGGUUAUCUGCCCUGAGUUGAAAUUCACCGCUUCUUCUCCAGUUCUCCCCAAUGACAUGACGGCCACCAGCGGCUCUGAAUUGGGACAAGCGCCGGGAACGGGAGCUGUCCCUCUCUCUGUGCUGAUUCUCAGCCUGCUGAUUCUCUUCAUCUCCUCUGUGUUUGUGGCCGCUGGUCUCUUCGCAUUCGUCCUACGGAGGCGAAAGAAACUUCCCUUCAGGAAGCGACAGGAGGUGGACCUAACUGGCAUUCAAAUGCAGUGCAAGAUCUUUGAAGAAAGACAGUCUGCCUCGCCUGAGAAGCCACCCCGUCACGUCUACGACUACAUACCCCAUCCCGUUACUCAAAUGUGUAACAAUCCCAUUUACAAACCACGAGAAGGAGAGAUUGAGGGCGAGCAGUUUGCAGAAACCAAGGAAAAUAACAGUAAUUAUCGAACUCUUCUGGAGAAAGAAAAGGAAUGGACGAUGGCGGUGUCCAAUUCCCAGCUCAACACCAUUGUCACCAUCAAUCAGUCCGGUGACAUGACUGGCUUUCACGAGAACGGAGUGCUUUGCCCUACCGUGAUUGACAGCCAGAGGCCGACACCUACGGUUGGUUUUGUAGACUGCCUGUACGGCACCGUUCCCAAAUUAAAGGACAUGCAUGUUGCACAUGCACAUCCCCCCGGAAUGCAAUACCCUGAUUUACAGCAAGAUGCCAGAUUAAAAGAAACAUUACUUUUCACUGCGGGGAAAGGAUUCCCCGAGCAAACCCAAAGUGAAUACCUCGAGUUAAGGGCGAAACUCCAAACCAAGCCGGAUUACCUCGAAGUCUUAGAGAAAUCGUAUAGAUUCUAAUUGAAUAGAAAAACAAAAGAGUAAACUCACUUUCACAACCCCUCCUCGCCCAAAAAGAAUACGUAUCAAAAAAGAAGCAUGGCAAAAUUAUAUGUUUCACACACGUACACAUACACACUCACACACACAUUUCCCCCAAGUCGCUUUUGGAGGAAAGGCCAUACUCAGAUUUUUCAAUGAAGUGCCUUUUUUUUCAGAGUAGCCAGCAAUGUUACCACCCAUUAUUUUUGUACGGAACAGAUUUGUUGUUGAACCUCCGGAGCGCCUGGCACAGUUUGUAGAAUAUUUGCAGUUUGCUGCAUGCAUUCGACUGCAGAUGGAGGUCAUUGAUAAAAAAACUUCACCUGCUAUAGAGAUACAGCGACGUAUUACCCAUUGAGUGGUCUAUUUAAUUUUCUAUACAGCAAAAGACAGAGUUCUAUCUCAAGGACGCACCAGAGGAUCAAUAUUUGUGAAUAUAUAAUGACGCUUCAAGAUUUUAUGGAGUUCAACGCACUUUCUUAAGAAAAAUGCUUCUGGAUACUAUCACUAACAGCUUUUUAGGAAGCACUUUUAAUGUUUUCUCUCUCUCACAAAGAUUUGACAAAGUUAAAAAUGUGCAUAUAUUUAUUCUGUAAUUUCAGUGAAAGAUUUAAUUGUAAAGGUAAUGUUAAAUCAAUGUAUAGUGAUUAUGCGUCUGGUAUAGCCUUCUUAAUAAAAAUACAAAGUCUUAAAUAAAAAGGGUACCAAUGCAUACUGUUUGUGAGAAAUAGACUUGACGUAUUGGUAUGGCGCUUCAAAUGACAAAUUAUAAAAUGCACAUUAACCUAUCAAGGUCUCAUUGCUGCUAGAAGAGUCAGGUUGAGACAGUCUGAUGGUCCUGCCUGUAUGCAUGUGUCAUCGAUGGGUUUGGACAAGAAAAGGAGACCUUGGAUUAGAUUCGAGUCUUUCUGUAAGGUAUGUUUUUAUACCUGUCCACUGCUUACUAAAUUACACAACAUUUGAGAUGAAUAUUUAAUGCAAUGUCACUUUUACAUGUGUCCACAAGAGUGAGAUAGAGAGACACGCUCGCAUCAUGUCUGUGGAUGGACAAAAUUGAUGUUUGAUUAUUUGAGGAACGCCACUUAUUUUUUCAGGUAUGAUAUACAACUUUGUGAAACAUAUGACAUUUGAUUAUAAAUUCUGCUUGUUUGUGUUGGGGGUCUUUAAUAUUUUCUGUCGAUGCAUCACUCAAGUGACAUGAUUACGAACUAGAAAGUGAUCUAUUCGACAAAAACUGAUUUUCUACUCCCCAUUCGACAACAAAAUGGCUAUUUUUUAAAACCAAAUAUUUUACGUCUGUUUGCCAGUCCCAGUUACCUUGAAGUUCUAUCCAUAACCAUUUAAUACAAACAUUGAAAGACAGUUCAUUGAAGUAUGAUUAUUUUUCCCGAGGCUGUCAAGGAUGCAGAACAUUAUUUCUUUAUUUGUUCUUAUUAUUCAGUUGACAAGUGUAGCUUCUGUUUCCUCUGUUCAAUACCCACCAAUAAUUUUAUUUAUAUUUUGUCCCUACAUUCAUCUUUUACCCAGACUGUUUUGUCAAUAUUUCAAUAAAUUUUGCUUGGUCCA